AUGGCAAUCUUUGUAUCCCCUUUGUACCCGGCUGGGGCGGCCCUGGUACCCUUUGCCAUUGGAUGGCUGCUGUCAGCUGCCCCGAAACAGAGCUGGUUUGGGGUUUCCCCACCAGAGCUGGUAUUUCAGAACUUCGUCGCUGGGGAGGUCUCUGAAAUGGUGCUGUCUCUCAUGAAUAAGGACAAGAUGCCUCGGCUGGUGAAGGUGUGCAUGGAGAGCUGCCCUUAUUUCCAGCUGGCGUGCCCCAGGGAUGUGUACCAUAUGGUGCCAGCAGGCGCCUCUGCCCCUGUGCGCAUCCGCUUCAGCCCCGACGAGAACAAGGAUUAUUGCCACGAGCUGGUCUGCAUCACUGCCAGGGAAAGGACAGUUGUGCCAAUUCGGGCCAUCGGUGCCCGAGCUGUGCUGGACUUCCCUGCCCAGCUGGACUUCUCCAAGUGUCCAGUCAAGGUCAGCACCCGGCAGACUCUGCUGGUGCGCAAUGUCGGUGCCCGGGCAGCUCGGUACCAGCUGAGCACCCAGAGUCCUUUCUCCGUGGUGCCGGCCACAGGAGCUCUGGGCGCUGGUGACACCGUGCAGGUGACAGUGGCAUUUCACCCGCUGGCCAGCGGUGCCCAUUGCGGCUCCCUGGCCGUGUGCUGCAGCUCAGGUGAAGAAAGAAUCCACACAAAGCUCCAUGGAGAAGCUGUAGAUGUCAACAUUGGGUUGAGCACAGAUUCCGUGGAGGUUGACAAGACUUUCAUCACCAUGUCAAGUCACAGAACCCUGUUCAUUGAAAACAGGAGUAACAUCACAGCCCACUUCCAGUGGAAGGCUUUUCCUAGUGAGGAAGAAGAGAAUGAAGAGGAGGAGAAAGAAACAGAGAAGGUGAAGGGCUUUAGUGGAGAUCACAGUGCCCUCCUGAGCAGCAUGGUCCAGGAGAAGAUGGCAAAGGUGCGAGAAGACCCCAUGCUGUUCUCCCAUGACGUUUUUGUCAUUGAGCCAAUGGAGGGAGAAAUUGGACCGAAUUGUUCAGCUGAAAUCAAGGUGACCUUCAAGCCCCUGGAAGCACUGGAGUAUGGAAGUGUGGCUUACUGCAGCAUCUCAGGCCGUGAGAGCAGGCUGCCCCUGCAGCUCAGAGGGGAAGGCCAAGGACCCUUGGUUGAACUCAGCUCUCAGACUCUGAACCUUGGGAACGUUUUUGUCAACACCCCCCAUGUCUGUGAGGUGAAACUGAUGAACCAAGGAGCUCUUGAUGCUCCCUUCACCUGCAUCCCUUCAGGCACCAAGGUGGGUUUGUGCUUCAAGUUUGCACCUGAGGAGGGCAUCAUUGCAGCAGGUGGGAGCCAGAGUGUCCAGAUCUCCUUCAGUGCCACCGUGCUGGGGAGCUUUGAGGAAGAGUUCCAGUUCAGUGUGGCUGGAUCUCCUAGGCCUGCCAUCCUGACCAUCAAGGGCAGCGUCACUGCACCGAGUUUACACUUUGACCUCCCUGAGCUCGACUUCGGGGACAUCUCCUUUGGCUUUCCCUACACGCGGCGCUGCCGCCUCACCAACAGCUCCCCGGUGCCCCUGACGUUCCAGCUCCGCAUGUCGGACGAUGGCACGCAGCCGGCUGUGGACAGCGUGGAUCAGAUCCGCAGGGACACUGACCCGGCCUGGAGGAAGGGAAUCCAUUUCUAUGUGGAGCCCAGGGAGUUCACCAUGAAUCCCAGCCAAGGCACCAUCCUCCCCCAGGGACACCAGGACAUCGAGGUGACCCUGUGCUCCAACACGGUGAUGGAGUUCUACAGGAGAAUGCUGGUGGACCUGGAGGGUAUUGGCAAGGGAGUGGCAACCCUGAUCAUCACAGCCAGAUGUCUCGUUCCUGAGCUCCAAGUGUCCUCCCCAGUCCUGCUGUACGAUGAGUGCCACCUGAAGGUGCCAUAUGAGAGGAAGAUCAUCAUUAGGAAUCCCAGCCACCUUCCUGGCUGCUACGGGCUCAUUCCCCAGCCCCAGAGCACAGCAGAGAUCCCAGUUGUGGUGGAAGUGCAGGCCCUGGGCACUCAUCGCACCAACGUUGUCAUCGGCGUGUUCGGGGAUGAGAGAAACCCACUGGCUUUCAGUGUCCUGCCACUGUCAGGUGUGCUGCAGCCAGGAGAGAGCCAGCAGGUCUUCUCCACCUUCUCUGGCCACCUCAGCAGCACCUGCAAUGUCCCGGAGCUGUGCCACGUGGAGGGAGGCCCCAGCUACGAGGGGCUGGUGCCCGGGGAGGCCUCACGUGUCAGCUCCUCCCUGAGCCCCCGGUGGAUCAACUGUGGCUCUCAGGCCCCUCUCAGGGAGAGAAGGGAGCUGAAGCAGUCAGGUAAGAAGCUUGAGGAGGAGGCAAAAGCCUUAGAGGAGGAAGAGAGGCGGAAGGAUGAAGAGAGGCAGAAGAAGGAAAAGAAGGGGGGGAUGGGAGUGGGCGGUGCCACCCCGGCCAGCGCCACGGGCACCGCCCCGGCCAGCGCCGCGAGCGCCGCCUCACCCCGCCCCGCGGGUGCGGGCGGUUCCCCGCGCGGCCCCUCCCGCGGCCGCCCCUGCGGGGGAGCCUGUGGGCGCUCCGGCCGCGCUUCCGCCGGCUUCCCCGUCUGCAUCUGA